UCAUUCGCUCAGCUUUGCUCUGUGGUACACGUUGUCAGAGCCGAGAAAGGGUCACUCUCAAAGAUGUGCUCCAGACAGACCUCCGGAGGCUGCCAUGAAACGUCCUCCCAGUCCGGCGGGUGCCACAGCGGGGGCUCCUGCUGCCACAGGGGCAGCUCCUCCAGCUACCAGGCACAGGGCUCCUCCUGCUGUGGGAGCUCAGGCUUGGGCAGCUACGGCGGCGGCGGCGGCGGGGGCUCUGGCAAGAUCAUUGUCAGCUCUGGCGGUCGAGGAGGUGGAUCCUACUGCAGUGGGGGCUCCUCAGGCUACGGCAUGGGAGGAGGAUACAGCAGUGGCGGUGGGGGAUCAGGCCAGAAGAUCCCUAUUAGCUCAGGCAGUGGAGAAGGUGGCUCGUCUGGAUGCUGCAGUGGGGGAUCCAGUGGUGGGUCUUCAGGAUCAAAGAUCAUCAUUGGAGGUGGAGGUAGUGGGGGAUCCUCUGGAUGCUGCAGUGGAGGAUCCAGCUAUGGCAUGGGAGGAGGAUCCAGUGGUGGGUCUUCAGGAUCAAAGAGCAUAAUUGGAGGUGGAGGUAGUGGGGGAUCCUCAGGAUACUGCAGUGGAGGAUCCAGCUAUGGCAUGGGAGGAGGAUCCAGUGGUGGGUCUUCAGGAUCAAAGAGCAUCAUUGGAGGUGGCGGUAGUGGAGGUUAUUCUGGAUCCUGCAGUGGGGGACCCUCAGGCUAUGGCAUGGGAGGAGGAUCCAGUGGUGGGUCUUCAGGAUCAAAGAGCAUCAUUGGAGGUGGAGGUAGUGGGGGAUCCUCCGGAUGCUGCAGUGGAGGAUCCAGCUAUGGCAUGGGAGGAGGAUCCAGUGGUGGGUCUUCAGGAUCAAAGAGCAUCAUUGGAGGUGGCAGUAGUGGAGGUUAUUCUGGAUCCUGCAGUGGGGGACCCUCAGGCUAUGGCAUGGGAGGAGGAUCCAGUGGUGGGUCUUCAGGAUCAAAGAGCAUAAUUGGAGGUGGAGGUAGUGGGGGAUCCUCUGGAUGCUGCAGUGGAGGAUCCAGCUAUGGCAUGGGAGGAGGAUCCAGUGGUGGGUCUUCAGGAUCAAAGAGCAUAAUUGGAGGUGGAGGUAGCAGGGGAUCCUCCGGAUACUGCAGUGGAGGAUCCAGCUAUGGCAUGGGAGGAGGAUCCAGUGGUGGGUCUUCAGGAUCAAAGAGCAUCAUUGGAGGUGGCGGUAGUGGAGGUUAUUCUGGAUCCUGCAGUGGGGGACCCUCAGGCUAUGGCAUGGGAGGAGGAUCCAGUGGUGGGUCUUCAGGAUCAAAGAGCAUAAUCGGAGGUGGAGGUAGUGGGGGAUCCUCUGGAUGCUGCAGUGGAGGAUCCAGCUAUGGCAUGGGAGGAGGAUCCAGUGGUGGGUCUUCAGGAUCAAAGAGCAUCAUUGGAGGUGGCGGUAGUGGAGGUUAUUCUGGAUCCUGCAGUGGGGGACCCUCAGGCUAUGGCAUGGGAGGAGGAUCCAGUGGUGGGUCUUCAGGAUCAAAGAGCAUAAUCGGAGGUGGAGGUAGUGGGGGAUCCUCUGGAUGCUGCAGUGGAGGAUCCAGCUAUGGCAUGGGAGGAGGAUCCAGUGGUGGGUCUUCAGGAUCAAAGAGCAUCAUUGGAGGUGGCGGUAGUGGAGGUUAUUCUGGAUCCUGCAGUGGGGGACCCUCAGGCUAUGGCAUGGGAGGAGGAUCCAGUGGUGGGUCUUCAGGAUCAAAGAGCAUAAUCGGAGGUGGAGGUAGUGGGGGAUCCUCUGGAUGCUGCAGUGGAGGAUCCAGCUAUGGCAUGGGAGGAGGAUCCAGUGGUGGGUCUUCAGGAUCAAAGAGCAUCAUUGGAGGUGGAGGUAGUGGGGGAUCCUCUGGAUGCUGCAGUGGAGGAUCCAGCUAUGGCAUGGGAGGAGGAUCCAGUGGUGGGUCUUCAGGAUCAAAGAGCAUAAUCGGAGGUGGAGGUAGUGGGGGAUCCUCUGGAUGCUGCAGUGGAGGAUCCAGCUAUGGCAUGGGAGGAGGAUCCAGUGGUGGGUCUUCAGGAUCAAAGAGCAUAACUGGAGGUGGAGGUAGUGGGGGAUCCUCCGGAUGCUGCAGUGGAGGAUCCAGCUACAGCAUGGGAGGAGGAUCCAGUGGUGGGUCUUCAGGAUCAAAGAGCAUCAUUGGAGGUGGCGGUAGUGGGGGAUCCUCCGGAUACUGCAGUGGAGGUUCCAGCUAUGGCAUGGGAGGAGGAUCCAGUGGUGGGUCUUCAGGAUCGAAGAGCAUCAUUGGAGGUGGAAGUAGUGGAGGUACCUCUGGAUGCUGCAGUGGAGGAUCCUCAGGCUAUGGCAUGGGAGGAGGAUCCAGUGGUGGGUCUUCAGGAUCAAAGAGCAUCAUUGGAGGUGGAGGUAGUGGGGGAUCCUCUGGAUGCUGCAGUGGAGGAUCCAGCUAUGGCAUGGGAGGAGGAUCCAGUGGUGGGUCUUCAGGAUCAAAGAGCAUAACUGGAGGUGGAGGUAGUGGAGGUGCCUCUGGAUGCUGCAGUGGAGGAUCCAGCUAUGGCAUGGGAGGAGGAUCCAGUGGUGGGUCUUCAGGAUCAAAGAGCAUAAUUGGAGGUGGAGGUAGUGGGGGAUCCUCCGGAUGCUGCAGUGGAGGAUCCAGCUAUGGCAGUGGUGAUUCCUCGGGCCACGCAAUCAUCAUCAGCUCUGGAGGUGGCAGUGGGUGGUCCUGCCAGUCCACACAGCAGAAAUGCCCCAUUGUCAUUCCCAACAUCGAGUCCCAUCAGACCAAGCAGGCCUGCCACUGGCCCCCCAGCCACCAGAAGUAACAGCCACAGGCAGACUUGGCACUCAGCAAGAACAGCCCUGCCUCUGCCAUGUCACCUUUUUCCUUCCAGACCUGGCUCUGUUUGCUUGUUUCUUCCCAGCAUGUCUUCCUCUCUUCCCUUGAUGAUACAGCCCAGUGCUGAGAACUCCAGGGAUCCAGAA